GGCUCUUUCUUCUCCCGGUUCAGGCAGGAUUACUUAUUAUUUAUUUAUUACAAAUCCGAGGGAUAUCUUUGCUAACACCCCCUCCACCGACCACAUGUUUCUCUUAUUUGCCUGAUAUGAAAGUUUCGCCUAGCAAUUUUAUACAGUGAAAGCGUGGUAAAGCAGAGGCACGGUAAAACACAUUAUAAACAUGGCAAAGCCGUUUCUUUUCUUUUUACGCUUCACCGUCCAGUGCUCGGUGACUGCAGUUUUCCCAUGCUUUUAUUACGAUCUCUCUUAUUAUGCUUUACCGUUCCUGUGUGGGUUUUACAGCGCUUUCUUACACUCUGCUGUGCUUUUACUGUUUCGAAACGUGUAGACUCGCCAGCAUUGCACAAUGCAGCUCGACCCGUCCCCUGGAUUAUUAGAGCAGCACCGAGGACGGUGUAGGGACCCAUGCAAUAAUUCCCAGUCACGAGUCGCGAUUCAGACCAAUUGCUGCAAGUUUACACUAACUGCUGCUGCCCUCUGCUACUGUAUAGGAGCGCUUUGUGAAACCAGACCCGGGGUUUCAGAACAUGACGAGCCUUCAGACCAUCAGUGAGAAGGAGCUGGGAGAGAUGAGCGCUCUGGUCCAGUCCAGGGUUCUGACCGAGGUGGUGUCUCAAGUCCAGACCCUGCUCAACAAACUGGGCACUGCCAGCCUGGAUAUCGCAGUGACGGGCGAGUCCGGCGCGGGCAAAUCCACCUUUAUCAACGCCUUCCGCGGGCUGGGAGACGAAGACAAAGGCUCUGCCAAGACGGGGGUGAUCGAAACCACCCGGAAGGUAGCCUUUUACCAGCACCCCAGCCUCCCCACGAUCCGCCUCUGGGACCUUCCGGGUAUCGGAACCCCAGACUUCCGACCGGAGAGCUACCUGGAAGACGUGAACCUGGAGCGCUACGACUUCUUCAUUAUCGUGGCGUCGGAGCGUUUUAAAGAGAACCACGCACUGCUGGCCAGGAGCAUAGAAUCCAUGGGGAAGAAAUUCUACUUCGUCCGCAGUAAAUUGGACUCGGACCUGGCUUCCUCGCAGAGACAGCGACCCAGCACCUUCACCGAGGCAGGCGUCCUGGACAGGAUCAGGGGUGACUGCGUGCAGUCGCUGGAGAGAAUGGGGGCACGCCACGCCAGCGUGUUUCUCAUCUCCAGUUUCGAGCCCCACAAGUAUGAUUUCACCCGCCUGCGGGAUACUCUGGAGAGAGAGCUGGAGGGGAACAAGAGGCACGUGUUCCUGCUGGCCCUGCCCAACCUCUCCUGCGCCUACGUGGAGAAGAAGAAGCAGGCGCUGUCCAGCACCGUGUGGAAGACCGCGCUGUCUGCCUGCCUGGCCGCCGUGGUGCCGGGAGCCGCACUCCACUGCAACAUGGACAUGCUGAUGCAGACGCUGCGCUCCUUCCAGCAGCACUUCGGGUUGGACACGGAGUCUCUGCGUCGGCUGGCCAACAGAACGGAGAAGCCGUACGAGGCGCUGAGAGCGGCGAUGCGGUCCAGCCUGGCGGAGGAUCUCUCCGAGCAGCGGGUGGUGGAGCUCCUGAGGCAGGCGGCUCUGGGGCAGCAGGUCCUGACCAGGGUGCUGGAGAGCAGGGUGCCCGUCCUGGGCAACAUCGCCAACGGCGGGGUCUCCUUCGCGGCCACUCACUACAUCCUGAGCACCGCGCUCAACGAGCUGGCGGACGACGCCAAGAGAGUGAUCGGGACGGCGCUGGAGGAAGGAAAGGGUGAAACAGACCCCGAGUUCCAGAUCCCGGACCCGGGCUUCUCUGCCUAUGACUGAGCGCUUCUACCUUCCACUCGCCAUCACACACCCCAGGCUUCCAAGCUGCAAGCGCCUUCCAACAGCGAAGCACACGGAAGCAGGGGUGCAUGUGUGCAGAACCAUACACAGAACACAUACAAGAAAAUAACAGAAAUAAUACAGCAAACCGUUUUCCUGUUCCAUGAAUUGAAUGACUGAACUCUGUAACGAUAUCUACUUAGCGUGGAGGUGGAAUUGAUAUUUUCCGAAUAUUUGUGUAUGAAGUAGGAUUGUAGGUCAGUCAAGGGUUAAUGCAUAUGCCUCUGUGUGAUCAGUUGCAAUGGACACUGUGCUAAAGUAUUGUGUGCUUGGCUGUUGCUUGCAGGCCCAGGCUUAUGACAAGACAGCAAAAGGAUAAACCACAGGUGGACAUGCUCACUUGCACGUUGUGUAGUUAACCAGAACUGGAGAGGGAACAAGGCUCAACCACAGAUGUACGUGGACACCUGCACAUUGUGUUAAAUUGUUCAGGGUCUAUGUGACAUAAGUGACUGUAUAAAUAUUGUGCUGUUGUAUUAUUAAGACAGACUUGUGUUUUUGAAUGCUUUUGCUGGCUUCCUUUGCCCAUAGUAUUAAAAGUCUUUGCAAGACCACU